AUGCACUUGCUCUUGCCCAUCGCCCUUCUGCACGCCAUAAGAAGCAUACGGUCGGCGAAGUCACGUAUUGGCCACCAUCCAUUCAUCCGCGUUAUGGCUGAUGCUACUCCCAAGACUGCCGCCCUCGACAACAUAUUCUUAUGUCCUUCCACGCUCAAAGACGAAGUUGACCUGUCUGACUGGCCUAAAAGCGAAGUAUUUAUCAACGGCACGCCAUGCAUGAAUCACGAGGAGAUCCUCGCUAUGGAAAACCGUGCCGAGUUUAUCGAGUGCAUGGCUGAGGUUGUGAAUACUACUACACAUACUCUGCAUGCUCUGGGCAUCGAUGCUUCUCUUAGUGAUGGUUCUCUACUAGGUUGGUACCGUCACAGUAAAACUUUUAUACCUUGGGAUGUCGAUGCUGACAUGACUUUGUUGAAGGAAGAGUGCCGGGAUUCAUUCGAGGAGUAUGCGAGUCCGAAACAGAAGAACAUGGCUCAAGUGAUACAGUCCCGACUACCGAGCCAGAACUAUCGUGCAACGGCAGUGAAGUCUGGGGUGGGCUCGGAGAUCAAAGACGAAACUUGGGAAGGAUGUGAUGCUGACGAAUUGAGAGUUGUUCACAAGAUUGGAAAAGUAGCUUGUCACGUUGACUUGUUCUUUCUCUAUCGGAGUAACGAUCCGACAGCACCAUGCAAAUGCCCUGGGAACAGUGACGGCAGUCAGCUGUGUGGAAAGUUUGGCAAACUCUGUGGGAACUAUGGAGACUUGUACCCUGCUAAAUGGGAUGUCCAAGAAGGUGCGGACUGCAAAGUUCCAAGGAAGCCAGUAGUAUCACUGCAACUCAAGUACGGCAGACCAGGCAUGCCCGGUAUCACUUUCACCAACAUGAAGAAAGUGCCCAUGAACUAUAAGUUUGGAAAAGCAUGGAUGGUUGUCAUCGGUAGUGCCGCAGAAGCCACCGAGUCGGCUCUUCCUGGCAAUGCUUCUAAGCAAGCCCCUCAAAGCCAGUUCCGAGGGUCCAGUGAUGGAGGCUCGGCUGCGGACCCCACAAGAGAGUUUCCCACGUCGAAGCUGAAGGUAUCUGGCAGUCCGAUAGAUGUUAAACAAAGCAACAAGGGGGCAUCUCUACCGAAGACGACAUCACCCUCAUCUGAUGUUGAAACCACGUUGCAGAACAUUAUCGCGACGACAACAGAUGAGCUGGUACAUCCUGAUGUGGCUAACCUCAACGUCAUUGGCGAAACAGCCAAUCAACAAUCAGUUGGGAAACCCGCGACAACGUCGGUAGAAGAGAGUUCGGCGGCUCCAAUAUUGCAUAACGAUGACCUUAUCAUGAUUCCAGAAAUAGAGGAAAGGCAGAAAACAAAGGAAGUAGGAAUCAAACCAUUCGCUCGGACCAGAGUAUUGCCUCCUCGCUUCUCGAUGAACCACGCUAUCGACGAGGAAGCCGAAGAGCUGAACAGUACUGCUGAGGACUACCGGUAUUCUGAUAACGGCGUCGUGAAAUGUAUCAAGUUUAAGGGCGCUACGUGUGUAUUCCUCGCUUGCUAUCAUGCCUAG